AUGGAAGAUUAUUUCGCAAAGGCUUUUGUCGCCAAUCAGAAUAAGCGUGCAAAUCUCGGUAACAGUCAGUCACGCCCAGUGUCUCCCCGGACGUCGCCUCCCCAAAGUCCUCCCAGAACGCCGCGGAGUGACCGCUCGGCCAGAGACUAUUUCGAGCCGCCAUCAAGUGCUGCGAAGCCUUCGAGACCACGAUCCCGUCCGCCUUCCUGGGAUGACAGUCACUUCAGAGAUAUCAAGCCUCUCACGUCGCUCCUUGGUGCAGCAACCUUGGGCACCUCGCUUGUCGCAAAGGCUAUUCCAACCUUGUCGAGAUCACCCACUUCCCAUUCGGGCGAGACACCAAGUAGCGGUUCUCAGAGCCAUCCUAGCAGCGGUCAACGAUCGAGGAAACCAUCUCCAAUCUCUGGAGAGCCAGCGCCAAUAUCUUACAACCUCUCCAAUACAAACUUAACUGCGAUUCGAGAUGAGGGGCCGUCGACGCGUACUACAACUUACACUGUUCAUGAGAACCGCGCGCUACCAUUGAGCGCAACAUAUGCACCGACGGUGACGCUCGAACCCCCCCGCCCGAGCGUACGAGCGGCAUCAUACUCACACUCGCACUCGCACUCGCACUCACAUUCCCCUGACCUGGCAAGACCACCUGUUUUGUACAGGGCACACUCGAGCACGUCAAGCCCGUCAAGCCAAGGAUUUCACCCACCGGUUCAUUUUCCUGUUCAUCAAGCCGCGUCGUCGGCUCCGAUAACCCCUGAUCCAGCUCCUUCUGUCCACCUGCCACCAAGGCCUACCUCACUUCCCACAUGUCCUCGUUCGAGACCCAUUGCAGGACUUCACGACUGGUACACGAUUCGUGAUCUGCCACAUCUCGACUUCUGCCCCACAUGCAUGGGUUUUCUUGGUGCAUCUCGCUUCCGGGACCACUUCAUCCCUAGCUUGCCUAAAGAUCCGAGGCAGCCAGUCGUAUGCGCAAUGAGUUUCUCCUGGCUUCGGGUCGCGUGGAUCCAAACCAUUAAACAAGACAGGAAGGAUCUCACUCUUGUCUGGCAGAUCAGCACUCCUCCUCCUCAGGAAACGCGGCCUUGUGCUGGAUCCAAAGCUGACCUGCGGCGAUGGUACCAUCUCACUGAUCCCAGGACCGCAAGACAGGUGGAAAACUUUGAUAUAUGCUCCGCUUGUGUCAGGAAUCUUGACUUGAUUUUCCCUAAACUCCAAUACCAUUUGUUUGAUCGGCCAGCCAAUAAGCCUAGCCAGGAGAAAGUGUGCAACAUGAACACCAGCAGUCGGCACUUUUUCCCCAUCAUACUUGAAUUGGAGAGACUGGCAGACCGGCGAGAGAAGGAGCAGCUCAGACAGAAGGAUAUUCAAGACUUUGUCGACUUUGUCCGUCGCAUUUCCCGUCACAGGGAGUGUGCCAAAGAUACAAUGCUGGCAACGCCAUCAUGGCAUUGCAUCCCUGACCUUCCAGAGCUGACAAUCUGUGAAGAGUGCUUUGAAGAAGUGGUCUGGCCUCUGAGGGACCGACCAAUAGCACGAGAUGUGUCCAAAACAUUGAAAAUUGUGCCCGCCUCACGACGGAGCCAGCUCGUGUCAGGGAUCAGUUGCCAACUCUACAGCGACCGCAUGAGGAAGAUCUUCUUUGAGGCUGUGAGCAGGAACGACUUUGAGGGUUUGAAGACCGCGGCAAAAUACAGGUACAGCAUGGAACACCGGCUGCAAGAAAUGCAUAAAUUGUACGAAAUGGAUCAAAAGGCCGGGAUUGACAGGCGGGCAGAAAUGGAAAAGAACAUUGCGAUUUGGAAAUCUAUCGAAUGA